GUCAGUCAGAGUCAGUGUCAGUGUCAUUCAUAUACCGAUCAAAUAUCACCAUCACCACCAAAAAUCUCCUUGUGUUGCACUUUUGGUUGAUUGGUUUUGUAUCACGAAUAACGAUCGCGACCGUCUCAGUAAUUUGUGCACUUUACCCUUACAAUACACUUCUUAAAAUUAAUAAGUUUAUUUGUGGGAACUCGCUUUGUCUUCCAAUUUGAAUACGGUUAAAACUACUACAUCAAUUUGUAUGAAACUUUAGAGGGAGUAGGAUGCUGUUAUCAACUUUACUAGUUUUCGCUUUGCCUUUUGUUUUGGGGGAGGAAUAUGUGAAAUUCGCUGUUGUUAUUUAUAGACAUGGUGAUCGCACCAUUGUCCAACCUUAUCCGACUGAUCCCUGGCGCAAUGAGUCUUUGUGGCCGGUAAAAUUUGGUGAAUUGACAAAUAUCGGCAAAAAACAACAUUACGAGCUGGGGAAAUGGCUGAGGAAGCGCUAUUCGCAUUUAUUGUCCGAGAAGUAUAACCCUUCAGAGAUCUACAUCAGAUCUACCGAUGUGGACCGAACACUCAUGUCUGCUCAAGCUAACUUGGCAGGUAUGUACCCACCUAAGGGCGACUCUGUGUGGGACACAGACUUGUUGUGGCAGCCAAUACCGAUCCACACUGUCCCAGAGAAAGAUGAUGAAGUGUUGGCCAUGAAGAAGCAUUGUCCGGCGUAUAAGAAGGCACUGGAUGACUACAUGCAUUCAAAGGAGUACAAGGAGAAGCUGAGCAAAUACCAAGAUCUGAUGGACUACCUGACCGCGUAUACAGGGACUAAAGUGAGAGAUUUAAUCAACAUCGAGUAUAUUUACAACACCCUGUACAUUGAAGAGCUCUAUAACUUCACCCUCCCGAACUGGACGCACACCGUCUACCCGGACAAAAUGCUUGAACCCGCAGCUCACAGUUUCAGAGUCUCAACCGCCACACCAACGCUGGCACGUCUGAAAGUAGGUCCACUCCUCAAGCAGAUCACAGACUACUUGGUGGCAGCCUCAGACCGUCCCGAGGGCGGUGACCAGCUCAACGUGGUGGUCUACAGCGCCCAUGAUGAUACUAUAGCAUGCGUGUUGAAUGCUCUCGGACUGUACAAUGAUGCUCUGCCUCCGUAUACCGCUACUGUGUUCUUUGAACUUGUUCAUGACUCCACAACCAACUCCGAGUUCGUGCAGAUAUCGUACCGCAACAGCACGGACAUCGUGGAGCCCCUCACCCUGCACGUGCCUUACUGCGGCGCCCGCUGCCCGCUGCCCCGGCUGCUGCAGCUGUACCAUGACCUGAUCAGCGGGCAUUGGCAGAAGGACUGCGAUGCUCAGAUCCUAAAAACCGGCUCACAUUUCUUCGGUAUGGCGUUCUUCCUUGGACUCGGCAUUAUAGUUCUUGUGUACACUGCGCAUAAGGUCUACUUUGCACAAGUUGCCAAACGGUUCAGACUUGCGAAUCAAUAUGUUGGCGUGAAACAAGACUCGAAACCAACCCCUGGACCAGCUGAGGUCACAGAGCAGACCGCAUAAUCACCGCCGUCGACCGAAGUUAGACUCUCGAACACGUAAGGACUUUUCAUAGUUAACAAAAACGAAAGAAUAACGUUCUUUAUCUGUCAAAUAUGUUAUACAUCUUCUGUCAUCAAUGUUAUGAUUAUGAUCUAAUAAUAUUCACUAGA